AUGAGGCUUGCAUGCUUGGGUCACUGUUCUCUCAACACGAAGGUUCUGGCGGCCACUUUGCAGCAAGGAAGCCCUGCGUUGCAGAUGCUGGACCUGAGUAACAACGAGAUUGGAGCGCAAGGGGCCCUCAAACUGGCGGCUGCCCUAGAGCAGGGGUUCCUCCCAGGGCUGCAAACGCUCCACCUUGGGUGCAACAAAAUUGGGGAGAAAGGGGCCCAAGCGCUGGCAGGCGCCCUAGAGCGAGGAUCCUUCCCGGCGCUGCGGGUUGUGGACCAGAACGAGAUUGGAGUGCGAGGGGCCCAGGCGCUGGCAGUCGCUCUAGGACGGGGGUCCUUCCCGGUGCUGCAAACGCUGAGUCUUCGGAAGAACGAGAUCCGGGAGGGGGGCGCCAAGGCGCUGGCGGCCACCCUAGAGCGUGGGUCCUUUUUGGCACUGCGGGCAUUGCACCUCAGUUGGAACAUGAUAGAAGCGCAGGGGGCCCAAGCGCUGGCGGACGCCCUUGAGUGGGGAUCCUACCCAGCGUUGCAAGAGUUGGACCUCGAAUCAAACACGAUAGGAGAACUGGGGGCCCGAGCGUUGGCGGCUGUCCUAGGGCGGAGGUCCAUUUCGUUUCGGCUGAAGGUCUUGAACCUCGGUAUGAACGAGAUUGGAGUGCAGGGGGCCCUUGCACUAGCGGGCGCCCUAGAGCGGGGAUCCUUCCCACAGCUGCGGGCGCUACACCUAAUGGCCAACGCGAUUGAGGAGCAGGGCGCCCAAGCGUUGGUACUAGCACUCGAGCGGGGGUCCUUCCCAGCAAUGCGAGAGUUGUCCCUCAGUAAGAAUAAGAUCGGAGCGCUGGCGGCCCAGGUGCUGGCAGGCGCGCUACAGCGGGGCUCCCUCCCAGCGCUGCAGGGGGCCCAGGUGCUUGCAGCCGCCCUAGGCCGGGGGUCUUUCUCGGCGCUGCAAACGCUAAACUUCGGGGGAAACGGGAUCGGGGCGCAGGGGGCCCAAGCCCUGGCAGGCGCUCUCGAGCGGGGUUCUUUCCCGUCACUGCAGACGCUGCAUCUACGGACAAACGCAAUCGGGGAUCAGGGGGCCCAAGCGUUGGGGAUUGCCCUAGAGCGGGGGUCCUUCCCAGCACUGCAAACGCUCACCCUUUGGAAUAACGAGAUUGGAGCGCAGGGGGCCCAGGCGCUGGCGGCUGUCCUAGAGCAGGGGUCCCUCCCGGCGCUACAAAUGCUGGACCUCGGCAAGAACGAGAUCGGAGUGCAGGGCGCCCAAGCGCUUGCGGCCGCCCUAGAGCGGGGCUCGUUCUCGGCGCUGCUCGACCUAAGGCUCUCGGGCAACGGGAUUCGCGAGGAGGGCGCCGAAGCGCUGGCGGCUGCUUUGAAGCGGGGUUCCUUCCCGGCGCUGCAAACGUUAAACCUUGGGGGAAACGAGAUCCGGGAGCGGGGCGCCCGUGCGCUGGCGGCCGCCUUGAGAAAGAGACCCUGCCCAGCACUACGAAGCCUUACCCUCUGGCACAACGGGAUCAAGGAGGAGGGGCGUCUCAUGCUGGAGGCCUCACUCCCCGGUGUCGCUAUAGAUUGGUAGUGCACCCGUUUGUAUGACAGGAAACUGUCGCUGCCUGACGUCAUUGCGUCUGCAUUGCUGUCGAGGAUCUGGUGGAGUUAACGUUAAGUUUUGCACAGGUGCUUGGUGUGCAUAGUCAGUGGUUCUUUAUCUAUUAUGUCAGUGUUCGAGGCUUGUAGCUUGUUGAAAGUGGCCUUCGGAACGCUUGAACAC